GGUAAAAUUCAUUUCGAGUUCCUGGGCAAGUGAAAGAUGGCGGGAACGUGCGAGAAAGAGAUUCGUCGAAAUUAUGAUCGGAACAAGGACAGAAAUGGCGGCCGACGGCACUAAACUCGUUGAAACAACUUGCUCGGUUCGAGCAGUGAUCCGCUGGACGCCAUACUAACCGCGUGCGAUCAUGCUCUAAUCAUAAACGUACCAAUUCUAACAAAUAUUUUUGUUUAAAAUGUUUUUUUAUAAUAAAUGUCGGUAAAAACCUAAUCUAAAGUGAAGUUAUGGUUGUUUAUCGACAGAAAAAAUUGUGAACUGGCCUGAGAAAAAGAAAAUGACGUCGGAAAAAUUCCACAAAGCUGCACGAGAUGGCGCCUUGGAUAUUUUAAAAGAAGCAACAAAAAAAGAUUGCAACGUCAGAGACGAUGGCGGAACGACCCCGACACUAUGGGCAGCUUUUGAAGGUCAUAUAGACGUCCUUCGACUGCUCGUUGCCAAAGGAGGUGAUCCGGAUAGAAGUGACUAUUUCGGAAACACGGCCCUCCAUCUUGCAGCGGCGAGAGGUCACGAAUAUUGUGUCAAGUUCCUCGUGAAAUUCGGUUGCAAUAUUUGGUCUCUAGACAUCGACCGACAUUCUGCGAGGGAUCUAGCUGCCAUAAACGGGAGGGAGAUGAUUUUGCAAUACUUGGAUCUCGCCCAGGCCGACCAGGAACUCAACAACCGUAAAAAAAGUCGAAUCUUAAGAGAAAAGGCUGAAAAAGACGCCGAGAAAAGGCUAAAGGAGUACAUGAAGAAGCAGAAAAUGGCGGAAAAAGAACAGAAGAAGUCGAAAGAUCGAACGAAAUCGGACUUGACAAUUACAAACGAACCUUUUCCACCUCAAAAGCCUGGAAUUUUAACGUUCAGGGGUCGCGUACGACCUUCCCCGACCUUCAGUGACAUCGUAGGAACGGCUGCGAAGAAAAAUGGUGGCGCAGUGUAUAGAAAAGCCCUAGCAAAAAAGGCUGUCGACGAUUUCAAAGUCGUAGAAGUGGAGACGAACGGAAAGAAGUCAAUUCGCAGCCUGACAGGCCUCAGGAAGGAUUCUGACGUGAUGUACGUGGGGACUUACGAAACACAGGCCCAGCAAAUAGGAAAAAGAGGGAGGAUUUCCGAUGUUUGGGGAAGUUUGAGCAAAGCACAGAGCACGCCUGAUCUGUUGGGCGAUAGGGAAUCGGAUUGUGACGCGAGUGACACGAAUGGAACGGCAGAGGGGGGAUUUUUUCAGGAGCCGGCCAGCAUUUUCAACCGACCGGGUUUCGGAUCCGUGGCUUUUAGAAGAACUAUAACAACAGCUUUCGACAGCCUGUCCUCUCAAGUGGACGCUCAAAAUGGCAUCCAAGUUGCAAAUGGGACCGGAAAUGGAUCCAUGAAUGGCCAUAGGCCCAAUUCAAACGGUAAUAACGAAGAAAUUAGCAUAGGAAGCGCAGGAAGUUUGGCUCGAAGGCAAAGCAUGUGGGACGACGAUCUCCUUUCAGAAGAAGAAGAAACGGACGAAGAAUGGACGCCAUUGCAGAGAUUUUUAGUCGCAAAUAAUCUUUCUUCCAUUCAUUCUAUUUUGGAAUCCGAACAAAUCGACUUGGAAGCCUUAAUGUUGUUGACGGAAACCGACAUGGCGGCCUUGAAACUUCCACUAGGACCUAAGAGGAAACUUAUUAACGCCAUAGCCAACCGAAAGAGGGCACUAGAUGCUACUCAAAAUGUCAUUAAAGACAGUAAACUGUAAAGUUUUGGUGUUAUGAGUGAAUAACCUGAGAUUUUUGGGGUGUAAUUCGAUGCAGCACCAUCUGGAAGACAAGGACUUUCAAGAUGGAUGACGGAGAAACCACGAAAGAGAGUCAAAUGGCCGAAUUUUGACAAUUUAAGAGGGUUAAAAAGAGAAAGACGAACUAUUAUUAAGAAAAUUGAAUAAUUUGGGAAGAAUGGCGGCCAUUGGAAUGCAAUACACAGUAGCGGCCAUUUUAUGAAAUAGUUUCAGAUCGCCUAACUAUGAAGUGCCUUACGAAAUAUUGUAAAAAUAAUUCUUAAAAAAAAAUAGACUAAAAGAACAAAGUUUUCGAAUUAACUUGAUAAAAAAAUGGCAGACUAACCUCAAAUUUCAGAGUUUACAUAGUUAGAACACUAUCUGGGGAACCUAUUUUUUAAUACUAAAGUCUAGAAUUCUCCAAACAUUUGCGAGUAGGCCGAAUUAUGACGAUUUAAGGCAAUUAAAAUAGAAAAACUUUCAAAAGACGGUCCCCUAUUGGCAGAAUUAACUAUGCUCAAAAACAUGGUAGCAAUAUACUUACGUAGCCACGGGAAGCUUCCAAAAAGUUUUAAACCACAUUUUUAUACAAACCUUCACUUAGAAAUCUUUUUUUCCAAAAAUGUUUUUUUCAUACUUUACGUUAAGUAAUAAUUUUUAAGGUGGCCAUUUAAGUACUUAAGUACGUAGAAGUCAUAUUUAAAUCUCUAAAUUGCCUAUACAAUUAUAGGAAAGCUUCCAAGAAAUCUUAAACCACAUUACUAUCCCAAUCUUCUCUUAUUUCCUAACGAAAACUCUUUGUCUUGCAUAGACGCCGUAUUUAAAUUUCUAAAUGGUGUACAUCAUGUUAGAAAGCUUUCAGACAUCUUUAUACAAACCUUCCCUUAAAAAUCUUCUUUUCCUCUAAAAAUUUCAUACCAAGUAAAAAAGUUUAUACCAAGUAAUAGUAUUUUACACAGCCAUUUGCUUGAGUAAAAGCCAUAUUUAAAUUCUAAAAUGGCGUGCAUCGUCUUAAGUUCUCAAAAAUUUGUAUCCCAAUUUCUUUCAAACCUUUUUUAU